AUGUUUCACAUAGAUCAUAUAAUCCUUGUUACAUGUUGCACUUGGACUUUCCAUCCAGUCCGGUAAAAAGGUAAUGUUUUUGGGUAAAAAGGUAAAUAAUUUUAGUAAGUACUAGUACUACCGUUACGCCAAUCCUAUAUUUGAUAUAAUAAGAUUUUAAUCAAAACGUAGAUAAUCCUCUCAUGAUGUUUGGAUUUAUAUUUCGGUUUCAAUUUUAAUCGGGGUUUUCGUGAUCAUCUUUUAUAUAAAAAAAAGUAGUAUGAAAGCAAACAAAAAAAAAUAUAUAUAUAUAGUGUUGAAAUCGAAUGAUUCGAAACGGUACAACAACAAUGGGAGGAGAUAGAGAUGCCAAGAGACAGAAGACGACGGAGAUGGAAAGGGUAGAGGAGAAGGUCGAGAAGACGGAGACGGCGAAGGUCGACAACAACAAGAAUGAAGAAUCAGCAGGAUCCGUCGAUUUCGAAGAACUACGUGACGAUCUCUUCCGUGAAGCAGCAAAACUUGUCUCCGACGCUCCCUCCACCAAAAUCGCCAUCUUCUUCACUCCUCCUCCUUCUUCUUCUUCUUCUUCUUCCCAAUCGGACGUAUCUAUGUACUCCUUUGGCCAUCCCUCUGUCAAUGGCGUUGUUAAUACUUUCCUAAAGGAUUCAGAUCCGGGGGCACCAGCGGAGAAUGAAGAGGAUUACGCGGAGGAUGAGGAUGAUGAUUUGGAGGAAGAGGAUGAGGAGGAUGAUGCGGAGGAAGAAGAUGGCUCGUCGCAAGGGUUUUGGUGGGAGGAUGAUAAGCUACUCGAUUCGACGAAUCCGGAAGAGUUACAAGCCGCGUAUGAUUCGAGAAUUAGACGCCAAAUCGAGAGCAUCUCAAGGUUCUGGGAAUCAGCAGGAUCAACCCAAACCCUAAUUGAAGGCGGCUGAUCCAUUUCAUUUCCAUGUCUAGUUUGCCCUGCAAUUAUAGUUUCCUAAUUCUGUUCGUAAUUGGAGUUUAAUUUCUUCUAA